CCGUGAAUGCGUCGUGAUUCGGUGGCUGCUGAGCUGAUCUUUGUGCGAACGAAGCCGAGCGGUCGCAGUUAGCAAGGGACAAGUGGGCAAAUACACACCGACACGAAUAUAGAAUAUAGGAGGCAGUUUUCAGGCCUGGAGACCCGCAUCCACCGCGACCAUACAGUGACAGUGACGGCCUGAAAAUGGUCAUGUGGUGAGAGCUGCUGAAGCUUUAGGUGGAGGAGUGGACGACUGCGCCACCCAGGCGUAUAGAGUGGGAGCGCAUCCUGGCUCACAACUGACAACCAGCUUCUCGACGCGCUACUGCCGCUGCCAGAUGGACUGCGCACUGUGAGUAGAGCGAGUCAGGCCAGAUAUCAACCGCGGAGAGGAGCCGGGGGGCGAGCGCUGACUGGAGCAGGAACAGGAGGCAGUUUUCACUUGGGAGAGGAGAGGACGAGAGACUCUACGAUGUCGUCGAACAGGACCCAGAACCCCCACGGACUGAAACAGAUAGGCCUGGACCAGAUAUGGGACGACCUGCGGGCUGGCAUCCAGCUGGUGUACACACGGCAAAGCAUGGCUAGGUCACGCUACAUGGAACUCUACACACAUGUAUAUAACUAUUGUACCAGUGUCCACCAGUCUGGCCAGAUCAGAGGCUCUGGGGUUCCAGCUAAGCCCUCCAAAAAGUCCACUACACCAGGCGGGGCUCAGUUUGUAGGCCUGGAGCUCUACAAGCGGCUCAAGGAGUUUCUGAAGAACUAUUUGACCAGCCUGCUCAAGGAUGGUGAGGAUCUAAUGGACGAGUGUGUGCUGAAGUUUUACACCCAGCAGUGGGAGGAUUACCGUUUUUCUAGUAAGGUCCUCAACGGGAUCUGCGCCUACCUCAACCGCCACUGGGUCAGACGAGAGUGUGACGAGGGACGCAAGGGCAUAUACGAGAUCUACUCUCUUGCACUUGUGACCUGGAGGGAGUGUUUGUUCCGACCCCUCAACAAACAGGUAACAAAUGCUGUCCUGAAGCUGAUAGAGAGAGAAAGAAAUGGUGAGACCAUAAACACCAGACUGAUCAGUGGGGUGGUCCAGUCCUACGUUGAACUGGGUUUGAAUGAAGAGGACGCCUUUGCCAAAGGUCCCACGCUGUCCGUCUACAAAGAGUACUUUGAAUGUCAGUUCCUGACUGACACAGAACGCUUCUACACGCGUGAGAGCACAGAGUUCCUGCAGCAGAACCCUGUCACAGAGUACAUGAAAAAGGCGGAGGCUCGUCUACUAGAAGAGCAGCGGCGUGUGCAGGUUUACCUCCAUGAGUCCACCCAGGAUGAACUGGCCAGGAAGUGUGAGCAGGUCCUCAUAGAGAAACACCUAGAGAUCUUCCACACAGAGUUUCAGAACCUGCUGGAUGCCGACAAGAAUGAAGACCUGGGCCGGAUGUACAACCUGGUGUCACGGAUCACAGAUGGCCUGGGUGAACUGAAGAAACUGUUAGAGACUCACAUCCAUAACCAGGGGCUGGCUGCCAUCGAGAAGUGUGGCGAGGCCGCGCUGAACGACCCCAAAGUGUACGUCCAGACCACCCUGGACGUCCAUAAGAAGUACAACGCCUUGGUCAUGUCCGCCUUUAACAACGAUGCCGGCUUUGUGGCAGCACUGGACAAGGCAUGUGGUCGCUUCAUAAACAACAACGCCGUCACCAGGAUGGCUCAGUCGUCCAGCAAGUCUCCUGAGCUGCUGGCCAGAUACUGCGAUUCUUUACUCAAGAAGAGCUCUAAAAAUCCGGAGGAGGCAGAACUGGAGGACACACUCAACCAAGUGAUGGUUGUUUUUAAAUACAUCGAGGAUAAAGACGUUUUCCAGAAGUUCUAUGCUAAGAUGUUGGCCAAACGUCUGGUUCAUCAGAACAGCGCCAGCGACGAUGCAGAGGCCAGCAUGAUCUCCAAACUCAAGCAAGCGUGUGGGUUUGAGUACACAUCCAAGCUCCAGCGGAUGUUCCAGGACAUCGGAGUCAGCAAAGACCUGAACGAGCAGUUUAAGAAGCAUCUGACUAACUCUGAACCUUUAGACUUGGACUUCAGUAUCCAGGUUCUGAGCUCGGGGUCGUGGCCUUUCCAGCAGUCCUGCACCUUUGCUCUUCCAUCUGAGCUGGAGAGAAGCUAUCAGCGCUUCACGGCAUUUUACGCCAGCAGACACAGCGGCAGGAAGCUGACCUGGCUCUAUCACCUGUCCAAAGGAGAGCUGGUCACCAACUGUUUCAAGAACAGGUACACGCUGCAGGCCUCCACCUUCCAGAUGGCCAUACUGCUGCAGUACAACACAGAGGACUGCUACACGGUCCAGCAGCUCACUGACAGCACACAGAUCAAGACUGACAUUCUGGUUCAAGUUUUGCAAAUAUUGUUAAAAUCAAAGCUGCUGGUGUUAGAGGACGAGAACGCUAACGUGGACGAGGUGGAGUUUAAACCUGACACAGUCAUCAAACUGUUCCUCGGCUACAAGAAUAAGAAACUGAGGGUGAACAUUAACGUCCCCAUGAAGACGGAGCAAAAACAGGAGCAAGAGACGACUCACAAGAACAUAGAAGAAGAUCGAAAGCUGCUAAUCCAGGCUGCUAUAGUGAGGAUCAUGAAGAUGAGGAAGGUCCUGAAGCACCAGCAGCUGCUGGCUGAAGUCCUGAACCAGCUGUCGUCCCGAUUCAAACCCAGAGUCCCUGUCAUCAAGAAAUGUAUCGACAUCCUGAUAGAGAAGGAGUAUCUGGAGCGAGUGGACGGUGAGAAGGACACCUACAGCUACCUGGCCUGAACGUCGCCGCCCACCUGCCGCCUCUCCUCGGUUUUAUUUUAUGUUAUUAUAAUUUUUUUUAUUUUAUGUCUGAGUAAUAAAGUGUGGACCCCUCUGAGCGCUGGACAUGUGAGUGUUGCCGAUCAUGUGACCGCCCCAGUAUGACCUGUGAGGGAGGAGGGUGUCGACUUUCUGCUGCCCCUCCAGCGUUGAAGGAAGCGACGACAGGGAAACCCCACGUACACGCUCGCCUGUCCCGUUCCAUCUGUAGGACCUGAACACAUUCACUUCCCUGCUGUCAUAUGUAAAUACCAACCAUAGACUCCAAGAGGAAACCCUCCCUUCUUUACAUAGCGCAAACGUAAUGAAUUAGCCUACAGCCAAUCAGAGGAGAGCCGCAUCCAAAGGUUUCUGCAUGCUACUGCCUACCUGCACUGCGGUGACCACAAAAAGAUUAAUUGUUACCUUUUAAGUCGAGUCUCUGGGCAUCUGAUGCAGCCUGUUGUACGACGACGCCAACAUCAACGCCGGCCCUGUAAUUUAACCGAACUGGAGGCGGUGGGAGAGUUUAAAGUGGCCGCGGCGCUGCCUCGUCCGCUGACAGUGUCUCAGUUUGGGUUCGAGGUCGGUUGGGUUCAUGCAGGAGGUGUUUCAUUACUGAACGGUGGACAUUUGUAUAGUGUGGUUCAUUUUCUAAAUGUGUGAUAAAUAAAAACAAGGAAAGAUUUCUCUAA